CCCAUUUUAUAGCUGGGGAAAAUAAUCUAGGAAGGAGAGACUUUUCCACAUAUCUCACUAAUCUUGGUGGGAAGGUGACUGGCUGGGCCAGUGAAAGGUGACCAAUGUAAGAUGAAAGGUGGCGUUUGACUUCAGUGUUAGAUUAAGAAUAGGGAGUGAUGGGGGCUGUGGAUGAAAGAGACAUUUAAUAAGUCUUUUAUGGCCAUACACCAACCACUUGAAGUGUUAAAGUGCAGCCACACACCCAGGAUUGCAUGAGUUUCUGGUCUUGAAGUAAAGCAGGAAAUGCACAUUAUACAUGAAAUAUCUCGGUAGAAAGUGUUGCAAGAUCAUGACCCCUGCUUCAGGCCUGAAUUACCUUUUUUUUUGUCCUGAUUUAUAAUUUAAUGGGGGUAAGGGGGCAGAGAUUGGUUUUGUUUUCUGAACUUCUUGCCUCUUAUUUAUUUGUUUGUUUGUUUGUUUAUUGGCAGCUCUGGGGAUUGAACCCAGAGCCUCUUGCAUGCUAGUGAAGUGCUCUACAACAGGAGUCCAAAAUGUGAGCUUUAUGGCUGGUAUUUAAUGCAGCAGAUAAUUAAGAGCCCCCAAGGCCCCAACUGUUCUGCAGCCCUGUGAAGUUAAAUGGCCCAGAAAAGAUCAUUUUUGUGGCUUUCCACCAUACAACUCCCAGUGGCCUUUUGUCCACUGGGCACUGGUGAGCAAGUCUUGACAAUUUUUACCUCUUCCCCUAUCCAUGCUGUUGGCUAAAACCCAGAGCCUCGUGCAUGUCAAGCAAGCUUUCUACCCUCUGAGCUACAUUUCCUGCCCUGCUCACUUCCCUAAUACAAUUCUGCCCCCAGGCCACAAUUUUGCCUAAUGUUCCCAGUGACUUUAUUGUGUGUCAGGCAGACAUCGCUAUAAAUUCUCAAAAUGUGUCCAGUUCCCCAUUUUUCUCCUCCUCCAUUUUCCUCUAAGAAACAGUAUCCUGGUUAGGAGUGGGACUCCUAAAACCACGUUACUUCGGUUCUAGUGCCAGCUGUGUCUCUAGAUUGCAGUGUGUUCUUUCACUCUCUGACUUGGGUUAUCUGUAAAGUGAAAGGAAUGCUUAACUCAGAACAUGUAGUUGGAUUUCUUUUCUUGGUCUCUUCUUACUCUGCCUGUGUCUGUUCAGUGACAGAGAUAAACCACAGCACACACACCCCCCAAAGGAACAUGAUCUCCAUCCAACUAGACCUUAGCUGAAUUCUGGAAAAAUUACUCAGAAGUAAAAUUCCUGAAGGAAACAAGGUAUUCUAUCUAGAACAAGCAGGUGUGGCAGUCCCUAUCAUGGAAGUCAGGGGCAGGGGAAGCCUUUAUCCUGUCACUAGAGUUCCCCAGGUACCUGGAAGGACAGUACUGGCAGCCCAUCCUCUCCUUCCUGCCAGACUUGUGCCUGGACUGCUGAGUGGAGGGAAUCUACUGGCUCUGCAGCACUUUGCUUUGGGCUCACUAAGAUGAGAGGAAGGUUCAGGAGCUCUCUUGCCACCAGCAGCUCCCGACUGGCCUCUGAACCUCCCAUUUCUUUCUCAGCUUCCAGUGGCCCAGGCCUAAGAGCACUUUCCCCAUGGUGAGUUCCGGAGACCAGGCUAGCCACCUGACCAUGAGCCUGCUCUGAUGUCCCUUCUACUUCUGCUUGUAUAGGGACUCUGGACCAUUGAACCCUGAGCCAUUCACUUCUGGCUCCCAAAUUACCCCUCUGAAUCUGUUUUCCUCAGUUUCCCUGAGGUGGUGCAGGCCAUGGCAGAUUCACUGCUAAGCCUACAGCGUUUGCUUCCACUUUCAAACUUAAAACAGUGCUUCCUUCCCUUUUCCCUCAUUCAUUCAUUCAGAGUAUUUAUUGAGUGGCCACUAUGUACAUGCCUUGCUCUGGGGGUACAGUCAGUGGUGAAUGAGACACUAAGUUCCUGCCCCUGCAUUUGAGUGGGGAAAAAAGACAUUAAGCAAAUAACUUUACUAAUGAAUAUGUAACUAGAGAUAAUUUUAUAAGAAUGAAGUAGAAUUCUGUGAGAAUAAUAAGCUGAUUAAUUUUAAGUAGGACUCUCACUAGAGCAUAUGUAUGGAGGAUGAAGGGAAUCAAGAGGUACGGUUCAGCAAUCUUCAAAAAGGUCAUUGUACAGUUACCAUAUGACCCAGAAAUUCCCCUUCUAAGCAUAUAUCCAAGAGAAAUAAAAACAUGUCCACACACAAAUUUGUGCAUGGAUGUUUAUGACAUCAUUAUUCAUGACUAUUCAUAAUGGCCCAAAAAGUGAAAUAACCCAAAUACCUAUCAGCUGACACAGUGAUAAAUAAAAUGUGAUCUAUCCAUACAAUAAAUAUUAACUAGCUCAGUGGUAGUGCACUUGCCUCGCAAGUGUGAGGCACUGGGUUCAAUCCUAGCACCACAUAAAAACAAAUAAAGGCACUGAGUCCAUAUACAACUAAAUAAAUAAGUAAGUAAGUGAAUAAAAAGAAAUGAAGUAUCGAUACAUAAAACAUACAUGACCCUUGGAAACAUUUUGGUGAGUAAAAGAUCCAUGAACACUGAGUGACUUAAACAACAGAAAAGUCUUCUCACAGUUGCAGAAGCUGAAGUUCAAGGUGUCGGCAGCGGUGGUUUCUCCUGAGGCCUCUCUUGUAAGGACACCAGUUAUACUGGAUUAAGGCCCACCCUAAUGACUCACCUUUCUAUUUCCAAGUAUAGUCACAUUCUGAGAUUCUGGAGGUUAGGACUUCAGAUGAAUUGGGGUGGAGGCACAACUCAACCAUAACCAAUGGGAUGAGAGUAACUGCCACCAGACACAGGUCAUCUUCUGGGGAUGAUGACAGUGUUCUGAAAUUUGUGGCACAACUUUGUGAAUACACUAAAAAACCAUGGAAUUAUCCACUCUGAAAACAAACAGGAAGAAGCCUGGGAACAGAGGAAAGAAAGUGGGAGGUAAGCAGAGGCCCUACCACCUGGGGCUCCUCUUUCAACUCCAGAGCAUUAGUGCUUCAAAUGUCUGUCCCUCCCUAAGACCUCACCUUUCUCCAUAUUACCUGGCAUUAAAGCUCACUUUUAGGGACCCAUUCAAGAGAAUGGGACUGGAAUUGGGAUACUUUUCAAACCUCAAAGUGGCCUAUGUGCCAGGUGCUAAAUCCUUGUCAACUAGUACAUCAUUUAGUUCUAAUGAUCCCAUAAGCUCUCUGCUGGCACUCUUCCUCCACAGAGCCAGGUAACUUGCCCAGAGUCACACUGUCCACAUGGCUAGCACAGAAAGCAGCAGGAUCCCAAGGCUGCCAGCUUGGCCACAUCACUGCCUUGUCACUGCCCGUGAAUUCGGGUUUACUAUCCUGUUUACAUUUUGUGGCACUACUCGGGGGAUUGAACCCUGGGGCACUCUUCCACUGAGCUACAUCCCCAGUCCUUUUUAUUUUUUUAAUUUUGAAACAGGAUCUGGCUAAGUUGCCGAGGCUCGCCUUCUGCCUCAUUGUCCCAAGUUGCUGGGAUUACAGGCGUGCACCACCUGCCCAGCUAUUAUCCUUACCUUGUAGUUGACAUAACCAAGGCCUGAAGAGGUGAAUGACUUAGCUAGGGUCCUACUGUGAGUGAGAUCAGGCUAGAAUGUAGGCCUCUAGCACUGGCUCGAUGUUGGGAGUGGUGUGGACAUGUGCAGGGUAAGUGACCACAGUGCCCAGUCAAUCAGGAACAACACCAGGAGAGGGGCUGGGGGUUACAGUGUGAUGGGGAAGCGGCAGGACACUUGCCCCAGCCUCUCUGAUGCCUGUGUGUCUAGCCUUGUCCCUGUUUCCUCCCCACCGGCAGCCCCUCCUGGUGCGAGGGCUGCCCAACCCCUCAGUGGCUUCUCCUUGGCAAGGCUUCAGGGAGGGCCUGACCUGUCAGAAGGGUCAGGGUCAGUAUUAGAGGUGCUGAAGAUGCCCAAGUGGGUGCCCAGGUGGCAGGGUGACUAUCAAUGGAGAAGCCGCCUUCCAGCUUGGGGUGGGUGCAGCAGAGGCCCGCGUGACCUUGCUGCUGACAUUCCUUAGAGGCCACGUGGCCCCAACUGGCAGGGACAGCUGCAGACAGGGGCCGAACCAGCUUUGUUACCAGGGUGGCGCCCGCUCUCCAUCCAGGCCCUGUUCAGCUCCUGCCCGACUCUACUUUCCUUCCCGGGGCUCAGUGGGCAACCGGCACUGUGGGUCCUAUGCCAUGAGGGCCUAGAGGCACAGAGAGCCACCAGGGCCCCCCCGUGAGCCUCAGGACUUUGAGAAAAUGGGGCAGGACCAGACAAAGCAGCAGAUUGAGAAGGGGCUGCAACUGUACCAGUCCAACCAGACUGAGAAGGCGCUGCAGGUGUGGAUGAAGGUCCUGGAGAAGAGCUCUGACCUCGUGGGGCGCUUCCGUGUGUUGGGCUGCCUGGUCACAGCCCACUCGGAGAUGGGCCGCUACAAAGAGAUGCUGAAGUUUGCCGUGGUCCAGAUCGACACUGCCCGGGAACUGGAGGAUGCCGACUUCCUCCUGGAGAGCUACCUGAACCUGGCGCGCAGCAAUGAGAAGCUAUGCGAGUUUCACAAGACCAUCUCCUACUGCAAGACCUGCCUCGGUCUGCCUGGCACCAGGGCAGCCGCCCAGCUGGGGGGCCAGGUCAGCCUGAGCAUGGGCAAUGCCUUCCUGGGCCUCAGCCUCUUCCAGAAAGCCCUGGAGAGUUUCGAGAAGGCCCUGCGCUACGCCCACAACAACGAUGAUACCAUGCUCGAGUGCCGCGUCUGCUGCAGCCUGGGCAGCUUCUACGCCCAGGUCAAGGACUACGAGAAAGCCCUGUUCUUCCCCUGCAAGGCCGCGGAGCUUGUCAACGACUAUGGCAAAGGCUGGAGCCUCAAGUACCGGGCCAUGAGCCAGUAUCACAUGGCCGUGGCCUACCGCCUGCUGGGCCACCUGGGCAGUGCCAUGGAGUGUUGUGAGGAAUCCAUGAAGAUCGCUCUGCAGCAUGGGGACCGGCCGCUGCAGGCGCUCUGCCUACUCUGCUUUGCUGACAUCCACCGAAGCCGAGGGGACCUGGAGACAGCCUUCCCCAGGUACGACUCUGCCAUGAGCAUCAUGACUGAAAUUGGAAACCGCCUGGGGCAGGUGCAAGUGCUACUGGGUGUGGCCAAGUGCUGGGUGGCCAGGAAGGCGCUGGACAAGGCUCUGGACGCCAUCGAGAGAGCCCAGGACCUGGCUGAGGAGCUGAGCCAGCUCAAGUUGCACUGCCUGAGCGAGGGCAUCUGCCGCAGCAAGGGGCUGCAGCGGGAGCUGCGAGCCCACGUUGUGCGCUUCCACGAGUGCGUGGAGGAGACGGAGCUCUACUGCGGCCUGUGCGGGGAGUCCAUAGGCGAGAAGAACAGCCGGCUGCAGGCCCUGCCCUGCUCCCACAUUUUCCACCUCAGAUGCCUGCAGAACAAUGGGACCCGGAGCUGCCCCAACUGCCGCCGCUCAUCCAUGAAGCCUGGCUUUGUAUGACUUGCAGCAGCAGCAGCCCCCCACAACUCCCGUUGCCCUUCACCAUCAGACUGAAGGCCCAGGUUUGCUCCUGGAGCAGCCACAGGCCUCCUCAGCCAUAGCCAGGGCCUGGGGCCCGCCCACUGCUGCUCCUUCUGGCCCAGCUGCCCUCCCCUGCCUCUUUGUACUUUGCUCUUUAUAGAAAAAUAAAUGGUUUGUACCUGA